GUCAGGUUAUCUCUUGUUUUCAAUCGGAGUGAGGUGAUUUUCCAUUUUCGCAAUGAACGAAUUUGGGGCGGAUACCGAUGUGCAGCAAAUAGCAGAAGCGAUUAAAUCUACUCAAGAAACUCUUCAGUGCACUCUUUGUCAUCAACUGCCGACUGAGGCUGUCACCGGAAAAUGUGGUCAUCCAUUCUGCAAAAAUUGUGCGAACAAGAUACUGAGAAGGAAAAGAGGGAUUUGCCCUGUCUGCAAAACUAGUUUAUUAAGAAGCUGUAUACGCAGAGUGAAGAAUGUUGACAACGCUGUAAAGUGUCUGAAAAAACUAAUCGAUGCAUUUGAGACAGACUCGAACAGCAGUUGUGUGUCCUUUAACCCACUUCCGACAAAACAGGAUAAGGAUCCGAGCCCUUCGACCAGCAGAAUUGUUGAUAAUCACUCUGCCGUAGAUCAACCUCAGGGAUCUCGUUGUAAACGUUCAGAAGCAGGUAGGGUAGCAAGACGAGGGAGCAUUGAUUCUGGGGAAACUCUUAAAAUAGUAAGAGGAAACUCUUUGCAUAAAAAUGAAGAUCUGGCGAGUACAUCGAACGGGAGUAUUACUACUUUGGGCAAAGGCUACGCUACAGUUCAUGGUCUCUUAGCUAAAACUGAUCCUCUCGAACCGAACGAAAAGGUUGGUCUUUGGCUGGUUUCGGAGGGAUUUGAUGAACAGCCUGUGGUUGACGCAGAAAUAGAAAAACCAAUUAUCACUCCGGUCCCCUCGACUGCAACAACUGAAGUUCUAGACUCAGCUUCUAUGGUACGUCCCAAUUCACGGAUGUCACUAAAGAGUGGUAGAAAAACUGCAUCAUUAAUGAAAAAGAAUCAAGUCUCGUCGACUCCAAAGAAGAAAAGCCAUAGAAGUGUGAGUACCGAUGAAAGCAGUCUAAGGUACAAGAGCUUUACAUUCGAAGCCACAAGUAAAUCACGUAAACGAUUUUUUCAGACUUCCGCUACCACCCCGGAGGAAAAAAUGUUUGACGAGUUGUGCGGGAAGAAAGUAUCUGAACAACCAAUGGAAACUAGGAAAGUUAAAAUUUCCUCCAGUUCGGCGGAUAGUUCUUGGUGUAAAUUGGAGCAAUUCGAACAGGAAACAAAGGCCAAGGUCAAGAAACGCAAGCGGUUGAACAUCAGUAUAGGAAAACCAAAUACUUCGAAGCAAGUUGUUGGCACAUUGGAUUUAGCAAAUUCUGAAGAUAAAGAUAAAAUUGAGGAUGCUAGAAGUAGUGAAAAUCUAGACGAUAGUAACACUGUACAAGGCAAGAAUAAGCCACACAUUGUAUCUGACAGAAAGCUGGAUGCUGACGAAAUUUUGAAUUUUCCAAAAUUAAACAAACGACAAGUAAAAGAAAUAAUUGGCAUUGCUUGCACACAGGCAGAUUUUGACACAUCCAAGAAUUCUAGUUCCAGUCUUGAAAAAUCUCCAGCUAAAUUGCAUAACAAACAAACGUCGCUGAGAAGAUCUGGUAACAGUAACCGCAACAACAGCAACAAUUCAUUGCCGCCGCAGAUUUCACCUGAGGAAGAUACGACGUCGCGCAUUGAAUCAACUGUGAGACCGAAAUCCAGACAAAGUCUUUCUCUUUCUGGCAGUCGUCCAAGUUCUAGACUCUCGCUAAAAACUCCCAGUGAAUCCACAGCAAGGAAAUUACAACAGACAACCGAUAGGGAAUCUCCAAUUCCAGGUAUCAGUUCUCUCAGAGUUUCAUUUCUACAAAACGACAAAGGAAUAAAGGAAGGAACGCCGAGAAAACGAAGUAAUUCUACUACAGGAAAGGAUUCUUCCGUAAGAUCGUUCAGCGGGUUGAUGAAAAGCAAUCUUGCGUUAAGAAGAUUAUCUUUUGAAAGUAGCAAGCAUAAUGUGAGCAUAUUGAAGAGAGGUAAACUUUACAGGCCUCGAAGUAACGUCAAGUUUCUACGCCUUGGCCCGAUUAUACCACGAUCUUCGCUAAACGAAUUACAGAAUGUUUUUUCUUCUGGAAAAGUGUCGACUUGCGAUGCAGAGACUCAGACAAAUUCUCGGCUGACUGGAACAAAUCACAUGAAAUGCAGUGUUUGCAAAAAGCAUCUUAGCAGUGAGGCGUUAGAUGAUGUGAUAAUUCCUGAAACACGAACCAUCUCCAGUGUCUCAAGUAAAUCAAGAGCGACGGAAUUCAAAGAAGUCGUUGUAAGAGAUCCUGCAGCGCACCGCACGUUGAUAGAAGAAGAAUUGGACACAGUGAACAAAGUAAAUAUGAUGUCUCCAAAAGAAGAUUCACAGCUUAAGUAUUUGUCAACUGAGUCUCCUACAGUUGACAAUAAUGAGCGUUUUUUUCAAAAAAGAUGCAGAUCUCCUGAUCCCCAAGAAUAUGCUCAAACUAUCGAAAAUUAUGCAAAUAAACUGAUAGUAACUGAUUCGGAAGACCAAGAUACCCCGUAUCAAGAAGAAUUUCUUAUCAGUAAAAAAGUACAUGAUCAGAAACAGGAAAAAAAUUUGUCUAGCUCACGAACACUUUCUACAAAAACUUCUGUGCUUUCGAAGACUACCGAUGAUCUUAAUAAUUUGUUAAAUUUGAGUAAGUCAAGAUCUCCCUCGAUACAUUCAGAUAAUAAAACAUCACACGCAUCGCCGAAAAGAAGAAAACGGUCGUCAGAUUCUUUCAGGAGUCAAUCUAAAAGGCAAAGUAUGGAAAAACGAAAAUUACAGACUAGAAUGAGUGGAAGUUACUGUAAUACCUCUUCCGAUUCUGAUGCUGAAACAAUUUUAGUAAAAAAAGCAACGCCAAAAAGUACGAGACAGUCUUUAGGAGGCAGCGAAUCCCCAAUGGCAAAUGCUAAAUAUAAAGUUGUAAGGAAAUUGAAGUACAGUCAGGAAUCUGGCUCAAAUCCUGGCCCAAGUUCGGGAACCAGACAACCCCUGGAACAACAAGGAACACAUGAAAAGGGAAAUAGAACCGAAAAACAAUCUGUAAAAAAAACGUUUAAAAGAAUACGUCAAAUGGCCAGUCCAGAAAUACAAGACGAUGAUUUGGAAAUAGAAAUGACUUCCAAACCCAGCGGGUCUAGCAGCUCUCUAAUUGGUGCUAGGCCAAUAGUUUCUCGGAAAGUCAAUAAAAGCCCGCUGUCGAGUGAAGAACUUAGCGUCGUUUUUUCAUCCAGUAGGGAUACGCAAGAUUCUAAACGCAAGAGAUCUCCUUCCCCAAGCUUUAUCGACGUUCAUGCAAUAGCAAGUAACUGGUGUGCAGACCUUAAUCUUUCAUCGGAAGAAAUUGACCAAAACAGUGACUCAGUUUUGGGAAUAUUCAGCAGUAAGGCUACAAAGAAAAAAAAAUUAGAGACAGAGAGUUCGCUUGAAUCGUCCGGCAAUGGCAGUCUACCGAUAUUGGAUCAAACUGCUUUUUAUGGGAAACUCGGGCAGGAUACAGAUUCACUAAUAAAGUCAGAAGACCAUAAUGUGACAGAGCAAGUUGAAGUAGAAGAAGUUAUCGAUGUAAACAAGAGAUCUCUAAACAAUACUAAAAGUAACGGUAAAGAUAUCACCUCAGAAAAAGACAAGAGAAGCGGGUUAAAUUAUAAUCUUGAAAAGAUUGAUGCUAGAAUUCCGUCUAAAAGAAACGAAAAUUCUUUUGCUGAGAAUACUAUAUUUGUUAUGUUAAAUAAUUCGGUGGAAAGAAAUGAAAUUGCCGAAAAUAUGGACAGCUCGAUUCAACUCGGCGAUACGUUGAAUGGAGUGAUUACACCAAGUGGAAAUUCAACGCCGGUAAAAAACAAAUCAUUCCAAAAUAGAAACCCUGUAACGAUCCACCGACCUUCGCAUAAUUCAAAUAAGGAAAAUGAAGCGGAAAGAGAGUCAGCGAAUGAAGCGGAUUGGGGAAAAAAAGACACUUUGAUCAGAGACUCGAGUAAAGUAACAAACAGCACAAAUCAAGAAGCAUCAAGGGUGAAAAAUUCAAGGAUAUCGAACGAAAUAAAUGAUACUGUUGAAAGCGCGAGGGCAGGGGGCAACACAGAAUUCUAUCAAUCAUCCAUCGAUCAAGACUGUAUGAACAUAACGCAAGAUCAAAUGAUGCUCCAAGAGGUCGAGAACAACUUACUGAGGCCAAAAUCUAUCAACGAGAAAGAAGAAAACAGUCAAAACAAUGUGCAAAAAAGUAUUGAUGAUAAAGCAACAAAGAUUUCGACUCCAAGAAAAUCAUUGAUAGUUACGGUCAACCAAAAGGCCAAAGGCUGUGCUGAGAUAAACUCUGACGACUCGGAAACGAUGGGUGAGGACAUAAUAGAACGAACACCGGAAAAGAAUUUGCAGCCAAAAAAGGACCUUCACGACUACAUUGGAAAUUCGCAACAGUCUGCUGUGUUCAGAAAAAGCUUCAUGUCGGUGGACAUAACGCCGAUACAGAGAAAGUUUCCAAAAUUUAUGCAUACCAUUUUAGACGUUUCUCCUUUAAUUGAACGAGCUGCCAAAUCUCCAGCUCACCAACACGACGCUGCCAAACAAAAAGUUGCACGACCCUCGUUUCACAGUACUCCUAAAUCAGUUGAUCCGAAAAAAAGUCUUUUUGAGCAACCCGACUUGACAGAACCCAGCGAAGCGAUCGAACGCAGAUUAUGCUUUGUCUGCAGCAACUUGACACUUCUCCAAAUUGAGAAAGUCAAGGCUUUUGCCCGUUUGCACAACGCGGAUUAUACCAUGAACUACAAACCUGAAGUGACCCACGUUAUUGUAAAAACCGCAGAGGAUGAUUCUGCAGAGAGGACAAUGAAAUAUCUCCUCGGCAUUGCUCACAAGAAAUGGAUAGUCAGUUAUCAAUGGGUAACAAACUCUUUGAGUCAGAACAGGCUCCUUGAAGAGGAGGAUUACGAAGUGGUAGACAGUGACACGCAGGAGCCGGGACCACGCAGAUCGAGGCUGAGCAAAAAAGGGCUGUUCGAUGAGUUUGCCUUCACUUGCAUGGCGACAACCUCAGAAAUUCCGGCCAGCGAACUUCAGGAUCUAGUAGGUAGCUCGGGUGGUACGGUGUUCCGAACUUUGGAGGACCUUGCCGCUGAGAGGAAUAAGUACAAAGUCAUUUUGUACGACAGUGAUAUUCAACAACCCACAGUUUUAGACAAGUGGCGACAGAAGAGUCGAGCAUUGCCAGUGCCGGUCGACUGGGUGCUGACAUGUAUAAGUCAGUACGAGCUGGUGUCUCUCUACUCUUACCUGCCUCCCUUCUCGCCUGCAGUAGCGGCGAAAUUAGGGUUUCCGCAAGAGCUACUCAUCAAGGACGAAGAGGACAGUACCAGCGCGAAUGAAACGUCGACAUCGAACGCUGCCUAAUAUGCCUAAUAACCACUUCGCUGUCAUUUCCAAUAACAUGGUAUGGUAUGUAAUCUAUAAUUUCUUAGUAGACGUAAGUAAAUGAUUUGAUCGUUCAGAAGCAUAGACUCUGAUCAUUAUCUUUCAUGAUUUCCUAAUUAUUUUACUAUGAGUUGGAUAUAGGAGAUUCGAUUAAUCAAUUAUCCGAGCCGAAAAUCUUGGUAAUAAAAUUUUUUAAUUUUCACUCUGAAAAAUUAAAGCAAAAUCAGUUAGUCUUUUGCUUGAAGUGGAAUUUCUCUGACAAUAAUAUUGCUUAGGAUCAGUUAAAUCGCCUGACCUAAACGGCUGGUACGUUAGGAAAAUAUAUAUGUAUACACAUAUAUGUAUAUAAUAUAUAUGUGUAUG